GCUACAGCGCAGUUCGCAGAUUACGCUCGCGAUCGUGUGUCUUUGUUCUAUGGACCAGGCCGUUUGAUGUUGGCAAGGUUGCGAUCAGAGCUCAACUUACUGUAAGGGAGACCGCGGCUCUCUUUGUUUGUGGUUAGGCUACCUGUUGCUGUUGUCAACUCGACGCCCGGGCUUCGUCCAGCCAGCUAGUGUACAAACAUGUCAGCAGCCAGAAUGGAUGAGGAGAAACUGACUCUUCUGUCGCUGCCCGACGAGCCGAUGCUGGAGGUGCUCUCCUACCUGUCGAUCGAGGACAUGUUCGCCGCCGUACAGGCUUGCCCCCGGCUGCGCGAGCUGACCAAGACGCACCUGUCGCUGUGGCGGGGGAAGUGGUUCGAGGUCGAAGACGUCGACGAACUCUACAGACGGCUGCUCGUGUCUCCUAACGUGGACCGGUUGACUACCUUUUGUCACUGCAUGGAGACGAUUACAGCCGAUUUUAGUGACACCUGUACCGUCUGGGGGCCCAACGCCCGCACCUGUCUCACGGUUCGCAACGUGGAGGACAUCGGCAGCCUCGUGUGGACGCUGGGGGGCGGGCUGAGGCACGUCACGCUAACCGUGUGCAAGGAGGACCUGCCUUUGAGCUUGUUGAAAGAGGCCCCCGGUCUGGAGAUCUUGUACCUCAUUUUCAAGGGUAAAGGACGAGCGACGGGCAUGUGGCCACAGGGGGUGGUGCUGCCCAGACUCCGAUAUGCUGUAUUCGAUUGCGAGCCCUCGGCAGCCUUCAGCAGAUCCACGCUCAAGGCCUUACGCAGCCUGUUGCAAGCACACAGCGGGCAGCUGUGGUCCGUGUCCGUCGACUCUCCGCGACUGUUGCCGCUCCUGAGCUCGUGCCCAAGCGACCUGUACGAGCUGAACGUGGUGGUCGGUGAGGGCUUGUUCGCGAGCCUGCGACGGCUGCACGGGCUGAAGCGGCUCCGGGUGGACUUCACCUAUGACAAUGAUUCAGUAGAAGAGGUGGAGAACUUAUUGAAGUCCUGGUCGGGCCCACUCGCAGGCCUGGAGCUGUAUCAUUUCCGCCCUGGAAUGGUGCGUGACCUUGGCUUGUAUGGCCUUUCAAGCCUCCAGAAACUCGUCCUGGAAACGCCCAGAAAUCAGGAGUACGACUUGGGCCCGGCGCUGGCGCGCCUGCCCCGCCUGCGCUGGCUCGGCCUGGUCCACGUGCCGCUGCUCGAGGUACUGCGCGGCAUCCAGCACGCCGCCAUCCCCGCCCUCGAGAUGCUCUCCAUGGCGGCCGUGGCGCCCUGCUAUCGUUACCGGUGCUGGUUCGAAGACUGCAAGAUCGUUGCGCGGCACCUGCCUGUGCUGCAGGACCUCGUGCGCCGUGCGCCAAUGUCGCUGCACGUCGUGUUUCGGGAGUCUUGCGACCAUGGCCAAGACUCGUUCACGUGCCGCGUCCUCCACAAGCACUCGCCAGCCGAGUCGAGCUGUUGCGCCCUCUGCACCGAGGCGAAGGAUGUUUACCGCACUUAUCACAGCUCACCAGACGACACCUUCAAAGUGAAUUUUGUGCAAGUAGUAUAGAAAUAAAUGGAGGGAAAGUACAAAUGGUUAUUUGUGCCACGAA